CGGUUUUAUUUUGUAAUUUGUUUUGUAGUUCCAUUUUAUUUAUAUUAACAUGUAGUUGUAAUUGGUUUUUUUAGAUUCAAGAGAAUUAUCUUCUUCAAUCUCUAAGGGUAAGUACUUUCUUCUUCCUUUUUCUUUAGAUUAUUGGUGCGCUAACACUUCCUUUUUUUUUUUUAACCUCAUGCCCUACUUUUGAGUUAGAAAAACUGUUAUAUUCAGUUUGAACGACUCGUUACAUAUUCACAGCCCCACCUAACUCUCGUUUCUCUAUCUCCCAAACUAAAUCUUUCGUAAUAUUUUAUGUUCUAUAAUAAAACUGAAUUGCAAUAUCUCGUUUGGCUACAGGAAUGAUAGUAUGUGACAGAAGCAGUUUCCGAUCAGAUAUUUGUAUCAUGAAAGGGGAUGUAAGAACACACUCAGCCUCCUCUUCUAUCUUUGUGUACGAAUCCACACACAGAACUAGCUUCAUAAAUUACGUUGCAAGCAUUCUUAAGGAGAAGGAAGAAGAAGAAACUGUCGAAGAACUCCAACACGAAAAGAUCAAACCAUAUACCCGAAAAUGGGAAAAGAGUACAAUGGACACCAUCACUGAAUUAAACCUCAUUGCAAAGAAAGACAGUUUGAUGAGCAUGCAACACGAGUGUGACGUUCAACAUGAUGUUCCAGCCGUGUUCUUCUCAACAUCGGGCUAUACCGGUAACUUUUUUCAUGAAUUCAACGAUGGAAUUUUGCCGUUGUACAUAACAUCCCAGCACUUCGGCAGCAAGAUUGUGUUUGUCAUUCUUGAUUUUCAUGAUUGGUGGCUCACGAAAUAUGGAAACAUCCUUUCACAGCUGUCAGAUUAUGCAGUAAUAGAUUUUGAUGAAGAUACGAGAACUCAUUGCUUCCCUGAGGCCAUUGUUGGUUUGAGAAUUCAUCAUGAGUUGAGCAUAAACUCUUCACUGAUGGAGGGAAAUAAGAGCAUUGUCGAUUUCAGAAAUCUUCUAGACCAAGCUUACCUCCCUCGAAUCCAUUCCCUAAUUCGUGAAGAGGAGGAACGUAAAGCACAAGAGAAGUUCUUUGAGUCUAUGUACCACACAUGGAAAAUCCCUUUCAAAGUGGGGAUGAAGGUGCAUAAAACAGUACAUCAACUGAAGAGGCCUACACUCGCGAUCAUGUCUAGAAACGGAUCGAGACCAAUAAUGAAUGAGAACUUCUUGGUGAAAAUGGCAGUGAAAAUAGGGUUUCAGGUCGAAGUUUUGAGGCCGAAGUGCACCAUAGAACUAGCGAAGAUUUAUCAGGUUCUGAAUUCAAGCGAUGUUAUGAUUGGAGUUCAUGGAGCUGCAAUGACACAUUUUCUUUUCAUGAGGCCUGGCUCAGUUUUUAUCCAAAUUAUUCCAAUUGGAACUGCAUGGGCAGCAGAGGAAUAUUAUGGUGCACCUGCAAAGAAGCUUGGUUUAAAGUACAUUGGCUAUGAAAUUCUUACCACAGAGAGCUCACUGUAUGAUAAAUAUGAAUUAGAUGAUCCCGUUCUUGCAGAUCCAACUAGAGUGACAGAACGAGGAUGGCAAAUCACAAAGAAGAUAUAUCUGCAAGGUCAAACUGUGAGAUUGGAUCUCAUAAGGUUUAGGAAGCAGUUGGUUGAAGCUUAUGAUUACAUCAUUGAUAGAAUAUGA